AUGCCUGGCGAAGUUAUAGACCAGCCAAACCCGCCUCCGUUGCCAUCGGACCUCCCUGAGGAGCUUGAUAAAUUUGCAGUGCAGCUCCAGAACAUCUCUCUGGACCAAAAAGACUACGAUGACUUGGCUAAGUUUCGUAGGGCGGCAUGCUAUAUCGCUGCUGCAAUGAUAUUUUUACAAGAUAAUGUGUACCUGAAAAGAGAGAUCAAACCAGAGGAUAUCAAACCUCGACUGUUAGGUCACUGGGGAACAUGUCCUGGCUUGAUCCUGGUCUAUUCCCACCUCAACUACCUAAUAACCAAAUACGACUACGAUAUGUUGUAUGUGGUUGGUCCAGGCCAUGGUGCUCCUGCGAUUCUAGCCUCUGUUUGGCUUGAAGGCUCUCUCGAGAAGUUCUUCCCUGAAUAUUCUCGUGACACCAAGGGGCUUUCCAACCUCAUAACCAGAUUCAGUACUACAGCAGGCUUGCCAAGUCAUAUCAACGCGGAGACCCCAGGAGCAAUCCACGAGGGAGGCGAACUAGGCUAUGCACUUGCGGUAUCGUUUGGUGCGGUUAUGGAUAAUCCAGACCUUAUCGUUACGUGUAUCAUUGGAGAUGGCGAAGCAGAGAGUGGACCGACAGCUACGAGCUGGCACGCCGCAAAGUAUAUCGACCCGGAGGAAUCCGGUGCAGUCUUGCCAAUAGUUCAUGUCAAUGGCUUCAAAAUCAGCGAGCGAACAGUCUACGGAUGUAUGGAUAAUCGAGAAUUGACGGCCCUGUUCCUCGGAUACGGCUACCAGCCACGUUUCGUCGAGAACCUGGACGAUAUCGACACUGAUAUGCAUACUUCGAUGGUCUGGGCAGUUGGAGAGAUUCGCCGCAUUCAAAAGGCUGCCCGUGAAGGAAAGCCUUUGAGCAAGCCCAGAUGGCCUGUAUUGAUUUUACGGACACCUAAGGGAUGGUCUGGACCAAAGAAGAUACAUGGGCAGUUCAUUGAGGGCUCAUUUCAUUCCCAUCAGGUCCCUCUACCAAAGGCCAAGAAAGACAAGGAAGAGCUUCAAGCUCUGCAAGACUGGCUUGCCUCUUAUGGACCAGAGGAUCUUUUCAAUGAAGAAGGCGGGCCAAUUGAUGCGAUUACCUCAAUCAUCCCGAAGAUGGAUAGCAAGAAGCUUGGACAACGUAUUGAAUCUUACGGAAACUACCAUCCUCUAGAAAUGCCAAAUUGGAAGCAUUUCGUGGUUUCUAAGGGGUCCUAUGAGAGUUCAAUGAAGGUUAUCGGGAAAUUCAUUGAUGAAGUCUUCGUCAAGAAUCCUCAUACAGUGAGACUUUUCAGUCCAGAUGAGUUGGAAAGCAACAAGUUAGAUGGUGCCUUGGCUCACACGGGUAGAAACUUUCAAUGGGACCAGUUUUCACGCAAUCAAGGUGGCCGUGUGAUUGAAGUAUUAAGCGAGCAUAUGUGUCAAGGAUUUAUGCAGGGUUACACCCUGACUGGUCGAACUGGAAUUUUCCCAACAUAUGAAAGCUUUCUGGGUAUUGUCCACACGAUGAUGGUACAAUACAGCAAGUUCAACAAGAUGGCACGUGAAACAAGAUGGCACAGCGAUGUCGCCAGCAUCAACUACAUUGAGACUAGUACUUGGACUCGACAGGAGCAUAAUGGAUUCUCUCACCAGAACCCUUCUUUUAUUGGCUCAGUUCUCAAACUCAAGCCUUACGCAGCAAGAGUUUACCUACCACCUGAUGCCAAUACUUUCUUAUCCACCCUUGACCACUGUCUUCGAUCCAAGAAUUAUGUGAAUCUUAUGGUUGGGUCAAAACAGCCAACGCCCGUAUUCCUUAGUCCCGAGGAAGCAGCUGUUCAUUGCCGGGCGGGUGCUUCUAUCUGGAAGUUUUGCAGCACCGAUGAGGGAUUGAGUCCGGACGUUGUGCUGGUCGGCGUAGGCAGUGAACUCAUGUUUGAGGUGAUCUACGCCGCUGCAAUACUGCGCAAACGGAUGCCAGAAUUGCGAGUUCGUGUCAUCAACGUGACAGAUCUCAUGAUUCUUGAGAAUGAAGGCGCACAUCCACAUGCUUUAUCGAUCGAUGGAUUUGAUGCUCUAUUCACCCCUGAUGUUCCCAUUCAUUUCAAUUAUCACGGCUAUAACACCGAGAUACAAGGCUUACUUUUUGGACGCCCCAAUCUCGACCGUGUUUCUCGAUUCCAUGUUGCAAAGGCCGCUGUUCGGGGUGCAGGGAAACGGAACGAAAAGGUUCGCUUGAGAUGCCAGGAAUUGCUGAGCGAAUUGGAUAUGAAUAUCAGUGAGACAUCCAAAUACAUCGUGGAGCAUGGAAACGAUCCGGAAGACAUGUACGACAUGCCAAAGUUUGACUAG